AUGUCUCUGCUGAAGGCGAGCUCCCUCGGCCGCGGGUCGAGAAACCCUUGGCUAGUGCCCGCCCGCGGGGGUCCCGGCGAGUCCCCACGCUCGCUGCUCCGCGGCGGGAAGGCUCCCGCCAACUCUCCAUGGCCCGGGGGCUCGGUCCCCGGCUCCCGCAGGCCCGGGGAUUGGCUGCCUCUCGCAGCUGCGGUUCAGCUCUGGAGCACCGCGCUCAACCGCAUUCCCUCUGAUGCUCUCCCGGAUACUAAAUCUUCCCCCCCCCCCCCGCCCCCCACCCCAACCAACUGGGCUUUGUGA